GAUUGCUACUUGAAAGCAACCGGCCGUGCAGUUCCCGGGGUGUACCGACAGAGGGAGACAGAAACAAGGCUGUGUGGACGAGGAGUUGGUGAGUCAUACAGUGAGACCGUCACGUACCGACACAGCUCAAAACAAGGCCUGGUCUGACUGGACCACCGACCUUUUAUUAGCACGAGGGCUUUUAUCAAAACACCCCUUUAAAAAUAGAAUGACAUUAAUUAAAUGUUCUUAUUUCUGCCGACUGACAUUUCAUUUGGGCAUAUUUAGGAUGGGCUGGAAUACUUCCUGGUUUGUGGACUAUGUGAUCUCUUACCAUCGUGCCACUAAUUCCAUGUCUAUUGUUUUAGUUUGUGUAGGCCUACUGUUUAUGCAGCCAUUAACCAUACUGUGCAUACUGUACACAUGUUUAGGCUUAGUAGCUCUGUCCAUGGUCCUGAAACACAUUGGGGUCGCUGUCCGUGGUGCUGAUCAGGAUUUAGCCAACGAUACAUCCCAAAUGACCCCACCAAUACUCCCCACAAAGCAUUUCAUCGUAUAUUUUUAAACUAUCUUUGGUAAACUUCAUGUCUUAGUGUUACAUUUCUUAGUUUAAACAUGAACAAUCAAACAUGUAUUAGUUUCUAAAGAUAUCUAUCAAACAACGUAAUGUGAGAAUGAUUUACCAUGUAAUGUGAUCCAGUUGAUCCAACAAUUUCCUUCCCUGACCUUUGACUAUCACACUACUAAACUCAAGAUCUAACGUGUCAGUCAUAGGCCAAGAUGUAGGGUAGGUGUCAAAGUACCUUAACCCUGGAAAAACAGUAUUUUUUUUGAUGUGCCUGAAACGUUGACAAAAUGAUAUGAGACUCAGCUAAGUAGACUUUACGUUUGAAACGUGAAUGAUUUUAACAAUUGUGCUGCUUUAAUAUUAUUCUACGGGAUAAUCUAACAUGUUUCCUGGUUCUUUAUUCUAUUACAUGGCCCGACUUGUGAAUAAUUCAAUUUUGCAUGUGUAGUGUCCUAUUAAAAAAACAAUUCUUCCUAUUAGGCUACUUCAGUUUUUUUUUUUUUCUCGAUUAUGGUGUUUGGAACUAUCUCGUGUUCAGAUUCCCACAGAUGCUAAUAUUCCAGCGUCCAGUCUCCAGCCACUUGGUAUUUGUAAGAACUGAGAGAAAAUCAAGUGUGGACAGAAAAGGGAGAGGGCAUAGCACCUCCCACGUCCUUUCUGCGAACGAGAGAGAUAGAGAAAGGGGGAUAGAGAGGCAGAGAGAGAGAGAGAGAGAGAGAGAGAAUCUGCUGUCGUGGUGUUGGAAAUCGGACGACAUGAGCUCUACAUGAACCGUGUAAAAUGUUUUAAGACGCUUUCGGCGUUUGUCUUUUAUCCGUCUAAACCAAGGACGAGCCUGAAGCGGAGCUACAUACUUCACGACCAGGUGUAACACUGUCUCAAGCCUGAGGGGGGCAGAAUGCCGGAGCAGAGCAACGACUAUCGCGUGGUGGUGUUUGGAGCAGGAGGAGUGGGGAAGAGCUCCCUGGUCCUACGGUUUGUAAAGGGCACCUUCAGGGAUACUUACAUCCCCACAGUGGAGGACACCUACCGCCAGGUGAUCAGCUGUGACAAGAGUGUGUGCACCCUCCAGAUCACCGACACCACGGGGAGUCACCAGUUCCCGGCCAUGCAGCGCCUGUCCAUCUCUAAAGGCCACGCCUUCAUCCUGGUCUACUCCAUCACCAGCAAACAGUCCCUGGAGGAGCUCAAACCUAUUUACCAACAGGUCUUGGCCAUAAAGGGCAACGUUGAGGCAAUCCCCAUUAUGCUUGUGGGCAACAAGAGCGAUGAGACCCUGCGGGAGGUGGAGACCAAGGAUGGGGAAGCCCAGGCUAACCAGUGGAAGUGCGCCUUCAUGGAGACGUCAGCCAAGACCAACCACAACGUCACUGAGCUCUUCCAGGAGCUGCUCAACCUGGACAAGAAGAGGAACAUGAGCCUCAACAUCGACGGCAAGCGCUCAGGAAAGCAGUCCCGUGCCGAGAGACUGAAGGGCAAAUGCAGCGUGAUGUAAAACCCGAAGAGGACGAGGCCGAGGAGGACAGGGGAGUCUGAGGAAAAGAGAGGAAAAAGGAGAAACGGAGGAAAGAAUGAAGACGAGAGAAAAGAGGGACUCAUUAUCAGUCAGACGGAGCAAAAUAACUGGAGGACAACGGAAAUCUCAUCUUCACAUCCUCCUCUGAUAGACUGGUGCAUUCACAACCACAACUAAGCAGUUAUUUUAAAGGGACAUACAGGAUUUCCAUUUGGAGCGUUACAUCCAUUUGCAUACUGCUAAAAGGAGAAAUGGGGCAGACCGAUGCAGGAUAUGGAGAAGCAAUGGCGUGGGUCAUUUAAGAAUUACCUGAAGUCAGUUCUUUCUGGAAUUCUGCAUCACCUGAGUGUCAAAUCUUGGCUUAGGAGCUCAUCACGACCUGGGACUGCAUCCACGAUCACAAUCUGCAGCAAUGCUUGAUGAAAAACCUGGAGGAUUCUGAUCUACACAAAGCGUUCAGCGUCCUCUCUCACUUCUACACCUCCCUCCCUUCCUGCUCAGCUCACACUUUAACUUACCCCCCUUGUCAUCCUGGCAACCUCAUCCUUUGCAUACUAUUAAAAAAAAAAAAUAGAGAAAUGUGAUGUGUGCGUGUAACAGAGUCAACAAUGUAAUUUAAGCUCACCUAUCUGGUAGAAACACGAUUUUAAGAGACUGAUGUGUCCAUCACGCUACAAAGCACAGGACCCGGCAGUUUGAGACUGCUAGCAUGAGCGACACGCAUUACAGCAGCAAAACAUACGACUCAGCUACAUUCAGGAGCCACACCUGAGGACUCUGAUGUAUAUAAACAUUGGAUAUUUCAAUAUAUUCCAAAUGAGCUACACAUGCCCCACCCGAACGAUUAAAUCAGGAAGAGGUCGAAGUUCAAGUCAUUAAUGCUUCAAGUCAUGAAUCACUUCUGAAAGACUGGAAAAGGUCUGAAUUUACUUAAACCACUCUUUAAAAAAGCUCUCUUAUCGAAGCGACGGAUUCAACGCAACAAUCCUUUUAAGACUCAUCUCAUGUAGAAUAAGUUGGACUCUGAUCAAAACACGAUACAGAAACGAAAGUCUGCCUUGUCGACCAGGACCAUAGACUCAGAUAAUCAUUGCCAAGCUGGUAAGACAAAAGCAAACUGGGAUGGCUUUUUGUUUUGUGUUGUUCUGAGGUUGAGAAUGUCUGUUUGCUUUGCACUUUUCAUCUAACAUUUCUCGUCUUUUGCCUUGUAUUUUUUCUUGUUCGUUUAGCCUAAUAAUAAUCUUCAAAUUCAUGUCAAAGAAGAAAAAAACAGAAAUCCGCCCAAACAAAAAAGCACACAAAGAAGAUGAAUACAUAAAUGAAAUAAUGGAAUGAAUGUAAAAAAAAAAAAAAUAGAAAAAGAAGAAGAAGAAAGAAGCUCCAUGCUGCUUAUUCAGUGUGACCUGAAUCAGUAAUGUUUUUGUUCUCUUUGUUUGCUUUGGUCACAUUACCUUUCAAAUGCUCAUUGCAGGGCAACAGGAAACAGAAUCACAUCCAUAAACACACACACACCUGCACAUCAUGUGCAAAAAAGAUGCAUUCAUGCAGGAGUCCAAACAAAAAAUAGAGGUCAACCGUGUAACAUGAAGACAAACAGGGCUCGCUCAGCCUAAAUGCCCUCACAUUGCACUUUAUAUCGUAAACACACACACACACACACACACACACACACUUAACAGUGAUUUGUCAUGUUUUUGCAUAUGUUAUUUAUUAAUGAUAUCUACUUAAAAAUAUACUCCUGUUUCCACAGACUAGCUCUUAUGUAUGUCCAAAGUGCAUGUAUACACCUUUUUGUUUUUACACAGGAGCUCUGAAAAAUUGUACACAUUGUACACAGGCAAGCCAAAAGCACAAUACUUUUUUACCAACAUAUCUAUUUGUACAUUUUAUUUCUUUCUCUUUUUUGUAUAUUGUUUAUGAUUUUCACCUUAAACCUUCAUCAAAUAAGAACUGAAAAAUGGAAGAACAAUCCCAUCAUCAUCACCACCAUAGGUAGCUCUCCGUCUUGUUGUGAAGUGCUUCUUUUUUCUUUUCUUUUUUGUCUCGUAUGUGGCACAAUGAGGUUGUGAUUCUGCUGAACAACAGGGUAUUGUGACGUGACGGCUGAUGUGCGAAUGGUGAAGUGUGCAAAUGUGACGUGACCCCCAAAAGGAUUGUAGACGGUACAUUAGCACGGGCAGAGUAAAGUCAGAUUAUUCGUCUCCAUCUCUCAGGCGGUUUUAACUACAGUUUGGGUGGAGCAUAAUCUGCCCGUGUACUGUUUAAUACCGAAAGACACAGAUGAUGCCCCCUCUUAAAUGUGUAUCCAUCUCUCUGGAAAGCACAGCAGCUGUUUUUUUUUUUUUUGUCUCUGUCUUUACGUGUGCAGCAGAAUCAACAACUGGGCACUUUAGGGUGACAUUUUACUUGAAGAUUUGCUUAAAAAAUCAGCAACACCUCAUUAAUUAGCACCAUGUAAAAUGUCCCUUCUGCAUUGUUCACGCCCCCACAGACUCACAUCACAGAGGUGUAGUUAGUGUAAAUAAGCAUAAUGAUAGAAGAAUUCGAUGUGUAUACAAGCUUCAAGUAAGAUGUUACCCAAGUAAUGAAAAACUAUACUGGCUCCUCUUGUUACAGUAGGAGGUUUGAUGUUGCUAUGUACUGUAAUACACGGCUCAUUAUGUUGCUAAUAUUAUAUGUAACUAUUUGACACAACCCAUUUUUUUUUCAGAUCAAUCAGAUACAGUAACAAUAGCCAAAUGUGAAUAUGUAACUGUAAGGUUCCACUCCUUGGCUGUGACUUUUAUUUUUUAUUUUUUGCUGACUGAAUUCAUUGUUAUCUGUUGUACUUUGCACUAAUGUGAGGUCCUGUUAAACUCAAACAUUUGCAUUGUAAACCUACCCUUUACCUGUUAGGUGCCAGGGAUGCUCACAUGGGCUCUUUACUUUUAUCUUUUUAUUUAAAAAAAAAAAAAAACAAGAUGCAUAUGAUAAUAUUUGUUCUUAAGCAUAAGAUUUCAGCAAGAUGGAGUGAUUUCUGCCAUAAUGUGUCCAUCUUAAGAUUACAAUGGGUCUGGAACUUGGAUCGGGCAGCUCUGCUCUGAUCUGAUGUGUAGCUACCAGCAGUGGUGGUGCACUCUGCAUAAAUAUCAGCUUGACAUGUCUGGUUGCUCCACACAAAACGCCAGAUUGCAAGCGCAUGUUUGUGCAAUCUGUUGUUCAGGAGACUGUCGCUGUUCAUGUUCCUGUGUGAAAUCUGAUACAGCAGGGAGGAGGCAAAAACAAUGAGACAGCGUGCAGGAUCAGUGUGCACAACAAGCUCGGAAGAGAGAGCGAGCUUUGCUAUUAAUAGAAAUGGUGUGAGAGAAAAAAACAAGUGCUAAUGCACAAACAGUGGCCUGUGUAGGAUUCAGAUGUUCUCUGCAUAUGGAGAGGUGUGCGUUUGUGUGUGUCCCUUGAGUUUCUCGGUAGUGUGAGUUAAUAAUGGGCAUGAAUUAGGACAGACACCUCUCCUCCCAUCGCUUGUCUCACCUUAUAUUUCAAUGAAGAAUAGUCACUGCUGCUGCUGUCUGAAUUUACGUGUGUGCUUGUGACCACGAGUGCAUAAUUGCAUGUCGCAAAAUCAGCCCCCGAUUCGCCUCCCUUCACUCCGGCCUGCAGGAGUGUGAGUGUGUGCUGUUGUACCGUUCUUUAAAAUGUCUGUCAGAUGUUUGAAGCUUUCCUGUGGAGAAUGCCUACACAUUUCUGCAUGAGUCAUCCCUCAUUGCUCAAAAUACUUCAAUACACAAACACACACACACACACGCAUAUAAUACAGGCAUGGAGGCUAAAUAAAUAAAU